AUGGUCUUGUGUGAAAGCAAAAACGCCCUAACUGCCGAAAGUGUCCCACCUGAGGUGCAUCCUCCUGAGGGUGGAGAGGCAUGGCCAUUAGUUAUCAUAGAUAGAGCCCCAGCUGCAGAUGAAAACUUUCAUACCAAAUUAAAGUUGCUAAUGCAGGCUGAGGGGAAAACUAUGGAGGACAUUAAAGCUCUACUGCCAGGUGCACAGAAGCCCACUGGCUCAGCUGAUUCAGUGAUACAGGCAUUUGGUGACUUCUUAGAAAAGACCCAUAGACCCUCGUCUGAAGGUGGAUAUUGCCGCCUACGCAUCUUCUCAGGAACACAGCCUGUCCCAGCAGGAGAGGAGCAGUUUGACCACUGGCUUGAGCAAGCAUGGCUUAUGGUGGAGGAGAGUGAAUAUACAGCUAAGGAGAAAAAACGCCGUUUAAUGGAGAGUUUAAAAGGCCCAGCACUAGAAAUAGCAAAGGCUGUACGAACCAGUGAUCCUGAUGCUAACCCUACAAAGUACUUAGAAGCUCUUGAAAGUGCCUUUGGGACUGCAGAAUCAGGGGAUGAUCUGUAUUUUGCUUUUAGACUGAUGCAGCAGCAAACAGGGGAGAAAUUGUCAGAUUUCCUCAGACGUUUAGAACGGUCUCUCUCUAAGGUUGUUCAGAGAGGUGGCCUUCCCCAUGCUAAUAUGGAUAGAGCACGUUUGGAGCAGUUAUUGAGAGGUGCCGUUGCGCAGACCUAA